AUGCCUUCGACCAGUAGCUCAUCUUCAUGCAAAGUUAAUUCGCAGAUGCAAUCAACCCCAGACACCGGUAAUUCCUCCUCCAAAAUUCUGCCCUUGUGUAUGAUGCAAUCAACGCCCUUGUGUAUGAUGCAAUCAACCCCUAGGUCGCCAUCACCUGAAGUCAAUUGGACUGCAGCGGAUAAUGUCCGUGGUGAAAUAACCUGGAUUGGCACCAGUUACGGUAUAGCCUUCUCACCGCGUGGAUUUAUCGAAGCUCGUACUCGUUACGCCGAACGUGAACGUCUUCGUGCUGCCGCGGCGGAUCGUAGAGAAGAACGUAUUCGUGUUGCCGCAGAUCUUAGAGAUGAUCCCGACAUCAUUGACCCACGACUACGUCCUAAUGUAGUCAAUGUAGUUGCUCCGGAAUAUCAAGCGGCGAGGACCCCCAGUCCCACCCCGCAAGGAGGCCCCAAUAGCCCUCUUGUGGAGAGAGAAAGAUCACCCGUUGUAAUCGAUCUCACUUUAUUACGAGAUGGAGGUUUAGGCUCCGAGUUUGUUAAUGACUUUGAUCACGAAGCCAAAUGGUUAUGGCUUCAAAUGCGUGUACGAGGUGCAGCACGUUAG